AUAUUCAUUCAUGUCAGAAAGAAGAGGUGAUCGAACAUUGUCAGGUUACUGUCAGCACUUACUCAAAACAGAAAAACCAGAACACACCAAAAUAAAUUAAAAAAAAUUCCAAAAAUCUAAAAAUCUCCAGAAAAACAAUUAGACACAAAACGGUAAACACUUUCACUCUCUUCUUCUUCUUCUACUUAAAUUUGAUCAAUAGCAACAGUGUCGCUUCAAUUUGUUCUGGUUUUGGCUUUUCGAAAUUGGAAGCAACAAAUGCUAGAAAUGUGCUUCUGCUUUUCCUUGAAUCGUUUUCAGGAAGCUAGGUGUUUGGAUUGGAUGGGCGGCAGAACUGCAAAUUAUCACGAGAACAGUGAUUACUAGUAACUGUAUUACUCUUACUUUGAACUAUAAUGUCAUCUGCCAGCCUAGGAAAUGGGGGAGUUGGAAGCUCUAGGUCUGUUAAUGGCUUCAAGAGUUCAUCUAGUUCAGUUGACUGGCUAGGGAGAGAGAUGCUUGAGAUGAGAUUGAGGGAUAAGGUGGACCACGAUGAGGACAGAGAUAGUGAACCGGAUGUAAUUGAUGGUGUGGGUGCUGAAGCAGGACAUGUCAUAAGAACCACAAUUGGUGGUAGAAAUGGUCAAUCUAGACAGACAGUCAGUUAUAUAGCAGAGCAUGUGGUUGGAACUGGUUCAUUUGGUGUUGUCUUUCAAGCAAAAUGUAGGGAAACUGGAGAAAUUGUUGCUAUCAAGAAAGUUCUCCAAGACAAGCGAUAUAAGAACAGAGAGUUACAGAUUAUGCAGAUGUUGGAUCAUCCAAAUAUUGUUUCUCUUAAGCACUGUUUCUUUUCAACAACAGAUAAGGAAGAGCUUUAUCUAAAUCUGGUACUCGAAUAUGUUCCUGAAACUGUCAAUCGUAUUGCAAGGAACUACAGCAGAAUCAACCAAAGAAUGCCUUUAAUAUAUGUCAAACUCUAUACCUAUCAGAUCUGCAGGGCACUUGCCUAUAUACACAAUUGCAUUGGUAUUUGUCACCGUGACAUCAAGCCUCAGAACUUACUGGUGAAUCCUCAUACACACCAGCUAAAACUUUGUGAUUUUGGGAGUGCAAAAGUGCUGGUAAAAGGAGAACCCAAUGUCUCUUACAUCUGCUCAAGAUACUACCGUGCUCCAGAACUGAUAUUUGGUGCUACUGAAUACACAACUGCUAUUGAUAUAUGGUCUACAGGUUGUGUAAUGGCUGAGUUGCUACUUGGACAGCCUUUAUUUCCCGGUGAAAGUGGAGUUGACCAAUUAGUUGAGAUCAUUAAGGUUUUGGGAACUCCAACUAGGGAGGAGAUUAAGUGCAUGAAUCCAAACUACACUGAAUUUAAAUUUCCACAAAUAAAGCCUCAUCCCUGGCACAAGGUCUUCCAAAAGCGUUUACCCCCCGAAGCAGUGGAUCUUGUCUGUAGGUUUUUCCAGUACUCUCCCAAUUUGAGAUGCACUGCUUUGGAAGCAUGCAUCCACCCAUUCUUUGAUGAAUUAAGGGAUCCCGACACUCGUCUUCCCAACGGCCGCCCUCUUCCUCCACUAUUUAAUUUUAAAGCUCAAGAGCUCUCAGGCAUACCACCGGACAUUGUCAAUCGACUCAUUCCAGAGCAUGCUCGUAAGCAGAAUUUAUUUAUGGCUUUGCACACCUAGUAACUGUAACAAAAUAUUUGCUUGUGCUCGCCGUCCACAUUACUGCCUUAUAUCUAAAUUUGUAAAAAUCCUUCACUUUUAUGGUCUUUUGCUUCUUUAAUGUGAGUGUGUUGCAAGAGUUUAUAUAGGGACAAUCUGGGAAACCUGAGGCUUUGAGUUUGCUGUGCUGGUAAAGGUGAUUUUUUGUUGUUACAUGAGAACUAUAGUUUAUGAUGUAUAUUUAUAAAGGAUUUAUGUUAUAGGGGUAUUUUAGUAAUAUGAAAUAUUUGAGAAUUUUUAUAUA